UACCUGCCGUUUCGUGUGCCCAUACUCGCCCGUCGAUCCUGUGCGAGCAGUUGAAAGUGCAUCAUAAAACUGUAAACAUUCGAAAAUGGGCGACAACAAAACGUUCCUGGGGGCGCUAAGGCCAGAUCAAGUCAGUGCGUUAGCGAGCGCGGUAGCGAGAGUGAGGGGAAGUUUGGAGGCAUAUUUUCGACAUAUGAAAGAACCCGUCAAGCGAAAUGGGCUGGUGUAUAUCCGUGGAUCGCAAGCUUACGAGCGGCGUAUUCGUAAAUUGUAUAAUUGUACACCCCACCGUGGCAGGGUGCGAGCACCCCCUUCCCACCCACGCCGCCCCUUCCCACUCGAGAUCGCUCCAGAACCGGAGCAAACGGAAGCGGCAGCCAACCUUCUCCGGCCGGCUGAGAACGAGGAUGCGAUGGAAGAGCAGCAGGAAGCAGAAGCGGUGGAAGAGGAGGAAGAGGAGUGGGUCGCACCGUACAGCAGUGUGGAGCGGGACAGCGAGCCGGAUGAUGAUGAGGAUGAUGCGGUGCCGCCCGAGGCGUCCGACACCGAUCGCCCGUACGGUGACGCUUCGCUCGCGGAAGGCUUACGGCUGUGGGUGGCGGAAAAUGGCGUGCCCGAUCGCACGGUGGACCGGCUGCUGGGUCACUUACGGCAGUGUGCACCGCAGCUCGCAUUGCCGCGCAAUGCACGGUCGUUCGGUGGCACGAUGCGGUCGCCUUUCGUCCUGUCCAAGAUCGUGUCCAUCAGUGGAGGCAGCAUGUGGUACCAGAGCAUCGCCGAAAGCCUGCAAGCGUACUAUCGCUUCGUGCAGCCGACCGAAGAUGGUCUCAUCCUGGACUUUUGCGUAAACGGUCAGCAACUGCGCGAUGGCACCCACUUCUGGACGAUGCUCAUGAAGGUGCACAACGUGCCCGGCACGCCCGUGAUGACGGUUUCGCUUUACAGUGGCGACACCGCGCCCGGCAGCGCCGAGGAAUAUCUGCGCAAGUUCGUGGACGAGCUGAACGAGCUGCAGCGGCAGGGCCUUACCAUACGCGACCAGACGUACUGGGUAUGCCUGCGGGCAAUCAUUGCUAACAAACCGGCCCGUGCCUUUAUCAAGGGUGUCGACGAGAUCGACUGCUGCCUCAAGUGCACCAGCGUGCCGGAAACGGACGGUAAGCUGGUGUACUACAAGUACGAGACGGCGUGCGAACCACGCACGGACACGCUGUUUCGUGACGAGCACUACCCGGGGCACGUGAGUCACUGGACGCCGCUGCGCGAACUGGAAAACUGCGAUCUCGUCCUGGACAUCGUGGUGACCGAACGCCGGCAGCUAACGGAGCUGGGCGUGCUGGCCCAACUGCUGCAGUUGUGGGUGAACGGUUACCAGGGCAUCGACUGUAAGCUGCUGCCGUCGCAGAAGCGGGCAAUCUCGGCCCAUCUCGAGCGGCUCCAGCUGCCUACCGGGUACGAACGGACGCUGCGCGACCUACGCUGCGUGGCGUUGUGGACGGCAGAGGAGCAUCUGGCGUUCCUGCAGUUUGCCGGGUUGGCCGUGCUGCGGGGCCGCAUGCCCGAUGGAGUGUACAGCCAUUUUAUGCUGCUGUUUGUGGCGGUAACGAUGCUGUCGACCUCGUACUACAAAGCUCGGUGGCAGAUGGCGGCCGCUCUGCUGGACAUUUUCGUCACCGACUACGCGGCGGUGUACAGCCCGCGGCUGGUCAACCAGCACGUGCACCAUCUGCUGCACAUGCACGAGGAGACGUGCCGGUUCGGCGAGCUGCACACCAUCUCGGCCUACCCGUUCGUGCGCCGACAGCGCGACGCUAGACGGUGGAUGCACUCCAGCGGGUACAGUCUGUCGCAGACGGUCCACCGGCUGCUGGAGCUGCAGCAGGUCGAGGUGAACCGGCGCUGGGAUACGGCCUGCGAGGAUGUGCCGUCGGUGCAGACGGUCGGCCACGACCCGAUCGCGACCGUUCGACGAGGGUUCCAGCUGCGUCGGAACUUCCGCGACCAGUUUGCCUUGACCGAUACCGGCGCGGUGGUGAUGUACGAAGAUGCCACCAACUUCGAGGACUCGGGCCUGGUUGUGCAUGGGUACACCUUCACCAGACAGGUGCCGGCGUUCUCCGAUCCGUUUUGCUCGACCGAAGUGCACAUUUACUCUGCCACCAUGGACAGCUUGGAGCGGCAUGUGCUGCGCGAUUUUCCCACCAGCAUGCUGCUGUGCAAGGUUGCGGCGGUGCAAACCGAGGUCAGCGAUGAAUACAUAUUUGUGCCUGUGCCCGGUACCUACCUGGCGUGAGAUGAAGCGGUUUAGUAGAAGGCGGUCGUAAGAAUUUCAAGCAUUACUUAUUUGCGUUAUGCAGAACAUGCGAUAUUUGAUUUAAGAUUUUACGUAUUAUGUAUCAUUCGUGCAUUAUUUCACACUUGGAACGGAUUCCAAUAAAACAAAACUAUUUUGAACUAUUUUCAACUCCAA